CUUCAUAAUAUUUCAUGAAAUAUUCCCAGUUGAAUUUGAAUAUAACAGUUUAAAUGCAAAAUUGUAACAGAGUUUUAAUUCAAAUCAAUUUUUUCAAACAAUUGGAAAUACUCAACCCGCUCUCCCCUAUGCAAUUACAACUCAUUUGAAUGUCAUGCCAUUACUGUAUCAGCUCCGAUAAAACUCCAGAUUGUGGUAAUCUACCGUCCCCCUGGACAAAUUCUAGCCACCUUCCUAGAGGAGCUGGACGGGUUGUUGUCCUCUUUCGUGGAGGAUGGCACUCCGCUCUUAGUCUUUGGUGAUUUCAACAUUCACCUAGACAAGCCUUAUGCUACAGACUUCCACUCACUCCUAGCUUAAUUUGAUCUCAAUCGCCUUACCACUACUAGCACGCACAAAUCAGGCAACCAACUUGACUUAAUUUACACACGCAAUUGUACUGCAGAUAACAUUCUGGUACAACCGCUACAUAUCUCGGACCAUUUCUUCAUUACAUUUACACUACAUUUUGCCACCCAUGUGUCACCAACCCCCCUACCGGUUACUUUUAGACGAAACCUACGCUCCCUUUCUCCUUCCCAUCUUUCCUCUGUAGUAUCCUCCUCUCUUCCCUCACCUACCCAUUUCUCAUCUCUGGAUGUAAACGCAGCUACUGAAACUUUAUGCUCUACCUUAACUUCUUGUCUAGACGACAUUUGUCCUCUCUCCUCUAGGCCCGCACAGGCUGCUCCUUCUAACCCCUGGUUAUCUGAUGUUCUUCGUGAACAUCGGACUAAACUCAGAGCGGCAGAGAGAAAAUGGCACAAAUCAAACAACCCGUCGGACCUGAGUAGGUAUCAGUCUCUGCUCUCAUCUUUCUCUGCUGAUGUCCACACUGCCAAAUCCUCACAUUUCCACAACAAGAUCAACAGCGCUCCAGACAUGCGUAAUCUCUUCAGAACAUUUAAUUCUCUCCUCUGUCCCCCUCCACCACUUCCCACCACUUCUAUUACAGCUGAUGACUUUGCAACUUUUUUUACAGACAAAACUAGAUCGAUCAGGGAUCAGUUCUCAUCUCCACGCACACAGGACCCUCAACCAACCACAUCCACUGCUAAACCUCCCAUCUUCUCCUUCAGCCUCCGUCAGGGGACAGAAGUAUCCAAACUUCUUCCCUCCAACCAUCCUACAAUAUGUCCUCUUGACCCAAUCCCCUCGCACCUUCUGCAAGCAAUCUCUCCCACGCUCUUACCGACACUCACACACAUCAUCAACACAUCCCUCCUCACAGGCAUCUUCCCCACUGCGUUCAAGCAGGCUCGGGUAACCCCACUGCUCAAAAAACCUACAUUAAACACUUCUCUUAUAGAAAACUAUAGACCUGUCUCUCUCCUUCCAUUCAUAGCGAAAACACUUGAACGGGUUGUCUUCAACCAGGUCUCACUUUUUCUUUCACAGAACAACAAACUGGACGCUAAACAGUCAGGUUUCAGGAGUGGCCAUUCAACUGAGACUGCACUUCUCUCGGUCACUGAAGCCCUGCGAAUUGCAAAAGCCCAUUCCAAAUCAUCAGUCCUCAUUCUGCUGGAUCUAUCUGCCGCGUUUGACACUGUCAAUCAUCAGAUACUCCUCUCCACCCUCUCAUCACUGGGCAUCGCUGGAAUUCCACUUCACUGGUUUGAAUCCUAUCUCACUGAUGAUCCAACGGUAGCUGCACGGAUCUCAGGUUGCCUGUCAGACAUCUCGGCAUGGAUGAAAGAACAUCACCUUCAGCUCAACCUGGCAAAGACUGAGCUUCUUGUCUUUCCCGCCGCUCCAACUCUAAAGCAUGACAUCACGAUCCAGUUAGGUUCAUCAACAAUAACCCCAUCAACUUCGGUCAGAAAUCUUGGUGUAAUCUUUGAUGACCAGCUGACCUUCAAAGACCACAUUGCAAAGACUGCUUGAUCUUGCAGGUUUGCACUACACAACAUCAGAAAGAUCAGGCCCUUUCUGACAGAGCAUGCUGCACAACUUCUUGUCCAGGCCCUUGUCAUUUCUAGGCUGGACUAUUGCAAUGCUCUUCUGGCUGGACUUCCAUCAAACACAGUCAAACCUCUACAAAUGAUUCAGAAUGCGGCGGCACGACUGGUCUUCAAGGAACCCAAAAGAGCCCAUGUUACACCUCUCUUUAUCUCAUUGCACUGGCUACCAGUCGCAGCUCGCAUCAAGUUCAAGACACUGAUGCUUGCUCAUAGAACAACCACAGGCUCAGCACCCGCCUACAUGCACUCACUAUUAAGAAUCUACAUCCCCUCCAGAAGUCUGAGAUCUGCUAGUGAGCGACACCUUAUGGUACCAUCACAAAGAGGCUCAAAAUCACUCUCCAGAACAUUCUCGGUCACCAUUCCUGGCUGGUGGAAUGAUCUUCCCACCCAUAUCCGGAGCGCUGGAUCCCUGUCAAUCUUCAAGCAACAGCUGAAAACUCAUCUCUUUCGACACUACUUGACUUCACCCUACACAUUAAAAAAAAAAAAAAAAAAAAACUCUUUCUCCUUAUUUAUUCCUUUCCUUGCUAGCUUGUACUUAUUUAAACAAUGCCUGAGACUUGGUGUUACAAGCACUUCGUUUGUCGGAUUGCCUCUUCAAGAUGAAUCGCUUCAUGUAUUCCCCAAAUUGUAAGUCGCUUUGGAUAAAAGCGUCUGCAAAAUGACUAAAUGUAAAUGUAAAUGCAAAUAUUGAGACAGUUUAAAUGCAAAAUUGCAAAUUAAAUGCAAAUUUGUUACAGUUUUAAUGCAAAAUGUUAAUAGUUUGAAAUUAAAAUGUAAAUGCAAGAUUGUAACAGUUUUAAUGCAAAUUUGCAACAGUGAAAUGCAAAAUUGUUACAGUUUAAAGGCAAAAUCGUGACCGUUUUAAUGUGAAAUUUUAACGGUUUAAAAGCAAAACUGCAACAGUGAAAUUCAUAAUAGCUAGUUUUAAUGCAAAAUCAUAUGUUUAAAGCAAAAUUUUAAGUUUAAAUGUGAGAUUGUAACAGUUUUGAUAAAAAUUAUAACAGUUUAAAAGCAAAAUUGUAACAAUUUUAAUGUAAGAUUGUUAGUUUUAAUGCUAAAUUGCAACAGUUAAAUGCAAAAUUGUUACAGCUGUAAUGCAGAAUUUUAACAGUUUAAAUGCAGAAUUGUGAGCUUUAACACAAAAUUGUAACUGUUUUAAUGCAAUAU